AUGUCUUCGGAGGCGCCUUUUUUUCCCACGGAAUUGGCGUGUUUAUGCAAGAUGCAAUCUUUUGGAAGCUGCCGCGUACGCAUAUUACUUUGCGUCAUCCUCAUCAAUGUGUUAUUCUUCAAUGUCUUCUCGAUUUAUCAACUCUCACAUAGCAAAACCAACUGGGCACGCAUCCACGGGCCUUUUUAUGCUUUAGCCUUCUUUCCACGCAGUUGUAAAGAACUCAGAUUACCGGACAAACCCCUCACCAGAACGGCCCUUGUCGGUUUCCCCGGAUCUGGAACAACGUGGUUACGAUACUUAAUACAACAAGCGACAGGUUUGAUGACGGGAAGCAUGCAGGUAGAUUCGCAUUUAAAGUCCAGUUUCCCUGGUGAAGGAAUCAACAAUUCGUCCAUGUUGGUCGUGAGGACGCGUGACUAUCGGCGAGAACACAUUGCAUCAUGGGAAAAGGCAGUGAUUCUUCUUCGAAACCCUUAUGACUCUAUCCUCAUUGAAUAUUAUCGACGUGUCAUGACCACACCGAUAAUUGGUGAAAAGCUCUUAGCGAAAUUAAAAAGAGGUUGGCAGCGAUACGUGAGGAAGCAGCCUCUUGCCUGGUUUCGUCUUAAUUUAGAAUGGCUACAGCAUUUCCAAGGAGCAUUAUUUGUUAUUCAUUAUGAGAAACUUAAAGCGAAACCCGUGGAAGAGAUGAAACGUCUUUUUCACUUCCUUGGACAACACGUCACCGACCAUGACCUGAAUUGCAUGCUAAAGAAUUCUUACAAUUAUCUUAAGAUGAAACCACGGGUCACCAAUGUCACCAGUCACUUUUCACGCUCGUUGCAAGCUGAAAUCAAUCGAUACAGGGCAAGACUUUAUCGCGUUCUUUCAGACGCCCGGAACAAAAAGAAAUGGACAAGACCAUGA